AUGGCGUCGAGUUAUAACAUUGAGCCUCAGCCUACCGGCAAGAUCCUUCUCAAAACCUCCUCCGGCGACAUCCAAAUCGAACUAUGGACGAAAGAAUGUCCCCUCGCCUGCCGAAACUUUCUUCAACUUUGUCUAGACGAUUAUUAUGUUGGCACAAUAUUUCACCGACUAGUCCCCGGAUUCAUUAUUCAAGGCGGAGAUCCUACAGGAACCGGUCACGGUGGUGAGGCGAUCUAUGAUGGAGGGCUUUUUGCAGACGAGUUCAAUUCCCGGCUACGGUUUAAUCGUCGGGGUCUGGUAGGGAUGGCAAAUAGUGGACGGAAGGACGACAAUGGAUCGCAGUUCUUUUUUACACUGGGAGAGACGCCAGAGCUGACGGGGAAAAACACGAUGUUUGGACGGGUAGUUGGAGAUACAUUAUAUAAUGUGAUGAAGAUGGGGCAAUUAGAACUAGAGGGAGCAGAGGGCAGUGAGAGGCCUAUGUAUCCGCCCAAGAUUUUGGGAUGUGAGAUAUUGGUCAAUCCUUUCGAAGAUAUGAAGAGGAGGGAGACCAAGGUCUCGACAGCAGGGAAAGAGGAGAAAAAAGUGGUGAAGAAGAAGAAACCGAAGGGGAAACAGAUGUUGUCUUUCGCGGACGGGGAGGAUGAGGAACCAAUGCCUGUCAUCACAAAGAAGAAAUUUGAUCCUAGGUUUGCAUCGAAGCUAUUAGAUGUCGAGGAGCUGCCGACAAUAAAGCCGAAAACAAGAGAACCAGAGGGGGAACCACAGGAAGAAGCUGAGCCGGAGCCAGCCCCAGAACCGACGGUGUCAAAAGGAAAGUCUAAGAGGGACAAGAAGCGCUCACCAUCCCCUGCUCGAUCCCCGCCACCCGAGAAAAACGAACUCGAUACAACGAAAGAAAAGAUCGAAGCAGUCCGGGCAUCUCUAAAACGACGUGCAACCCCACCCCCCGAGGAAAAGCCGAAGCAAAAACAGGCAUCUCUUCUCGCUCUCCAGGCAUCUAUGCUGCCAGCUACGUCGAUACCAGCACGCAAGCGAAAACGCGGCGCCAAUAAUGUCGAUACUGCGUAUGAAAAUAGUCUGCUCGAGGCGAUGUCUAAGUUUAAGUCAAAGCUCGUCGAAGCAACGAAGAAUGCUCCUGAAGAAGAGGAAAAGGAGGAGGGCGCCAUCGACGCAAUGGAUCUGGACAACGAUGCCAAGGCUGAGAGCGGUGGUAUUGACCCAGAUGCUGAUGAGCAGAAUACAUGCGAUCUACAUUUUAUACCAAAUUGUAAAUCAUGUAAUUGGCAUGAGAAUGCCGAGGGGCAAGAAGUAGAGGAUAACGAUGCAGGUUGGCUGUCGCAUAAACUAACGUUUGAGAAGGAUAGAUUGGGCAAGGAUCUGACUUGGAAGAGGAAAAACGAAGAAGAGUUGGUAGUGAUUGAUACCCGUGAGAAGGCAAAGGAGGUCCUCCAAGAUGAUAGGAAGCGGAAAGACGAAAGACGGGGCGGAAGGUCUUCGGCAUUUAGGUCUGAUGGGCAUCACAGGAGCCACCGAGAUCACAGAGAUAAGGAUAGAGACAGGGACAGGCGGGGCGAUAGGGACAGGCGCUGA